CAGCAGCCUGCGCCUCCUUCUCGUCUCCCACUCACACUCACACUCCCCAACUCAAACUCGAGCGAACCGGUCAGAACGUUGGCAAUGGCGUCGCGGGCUGCUGCCGUCCUCCUCUGCGCCCUGCUAUGCAUGACGGCCACGCACUCCAUCGCCCAGUCGCCCGCGGCUGCGCCGGCCGGCAACGCCCCGCCCAAGACGCCCACCGCCACCCCUGCCCCGCCUGCCGCCGACGCGUCUGCACCGCCGACCACCACCCCGGCUGCCCCCGCGCCCAAGUCUUCCCAGGCCACCCCCGCUCCGACCACUGCGCCAGCCACGCCGGCGCCGGUGAAGGCCCCGGCCACUCCCGCGCCGACAACUGCUCCCACCACGCCCGCGCCGGUGAAGGCCCCGGUUACCCCCGCGCCGACCACCACUCCUACCACGCCGGCACCGGUGAAGGCCCCGGCCGCCCCCGCGCCGACCACCACUCCCGCCGCACCAGCGCCGGUCCUCAAGGCUCCUGCCACCCCCGCCCCCGCGGCCGCGCAGACCACCCCGGCGCCGUUCAAGGCCCCUGCCACCCCCGCUCCCGCGGCCGCGCCCACCACCACGCCCGCCGCACCGGCACCGGUCAUCAAGGCCCCGGCCACCCCCGCUCCCGCGGCCGCGCCGACCACCGCGCCCGCCGCACCGGCACCGGUCAUCAAGGCCCCGGCCAUCCCUGCCCCCGCAGCCGCGCCGAUCACCGCUCCCGUAACACCCGCCCCCGUCACUGCCCCCGCCGCGGCUCCUCCCACUCCGGCACCCAAGCCCAAGGCCAAGGCCCCUGCCGCAGCACCGCCCGCCAAGGCAACCGCGCCUGCCCCCGCAGCGCUCCCUCCCACCGUCGAGGCGCCCGCGGCCGCCGCGCCAACUCUCUUCCCCGACGUGCCUGCGGCCGCACCAACUCUCUUCCCUGACGUGCCUUCCGCCGCGCCGGCCCCGUUGACCAAGCCCACCGACGCCCCCGCGCCGGCGCCAUCAAAGAAGAAGCGCUCGUCCAAGGACAAGAAGAAGACCAAGGCGCCCGCGCCCGCCCCGGUCGCUGCGGCCCCCGUCAAAGCCAAGGCCGUGGCGCCCACCACCGCCGUAGCCGCCGCGGCUCCCGGGCCCAGCGGCGACUCCACCGCCGCCGACACCGCGGGCGCCCCGGGGAGGAGCACCGGGAUGACCACGGCCGUGAUCGUGGCGGCGAUCGGCGCGGCGGCGAUGCUCGCCUAGAAGAUCAACGUCGGGCCGUGCAGUCGGACUCGACUGAUGAUGCGCCGGCCAUGCCACUUUUCUUCACUUUAUUCGUUUUGUGUAAUUAUUUAUUUGCCAGGGAUGGAUCGAUGGGCGUUGGGUCUUUUUCUUUCCUGUGUGGAAUGCAGUAGAGCUCACAUUGUCGGGAUUCUUUUGCUUUGCUUCGUGUUGAGACUUGAGAGAGAGAGGUCAGAGUGUCACGGAUGAUACGUACGAGAGACAGAUGAGAGGGAGAGGGGGGACGCUGCAUGCUGCCUCUGCCUGUGUAUUUGUUAAAUUUGUUCAUAUUUAUAAAAUAUUUAUGUCACUGUUACCAUUA